UUCGUUCGAGUGUGUCCUUGCUAGAGGACAUCUGCUUCUGCUUCGUUUAUCGCUCUUUUAGCAGCGCAUCGCGCUCGUUUGGCUCGUUGUAGGCCAUUCACUUUGUUCCAAGUCUUUACUUUCUUCUUCACUAAUUUGUCCAUUUGGCGGCAAGAAUCUAGAAAGUGUCUUUCUGUGUGUGAAUUAUGGCUUUGGUUCGUUUGUUUUAAACAAAUGGGUCAAUUGGACGUGGCCUGGAACAACUGCCAAGCCAGAAAAGGAGCUUUCGUGCGUUGGCGCGACUAUGAGACGAAGGAGCUCAAGGAUGAGCGAACAGAAGGCAAUAGUUGGAGAUCAAUACGGUAACAGUCAGAGACAAGUGCAACCGCUCAGAAGCAAAACGGAUGAGAGGAAAGAAUACAAACACAAUGGCAAGAAUACUUCCUUUCCUCAUGAUUUCAGUCGUUCAGAUCAUAGUGGAGCGUACAGUCGUAACAGAGGACACCAGGGUCAAUCUGGCCGUCGCUAUGGAUCUGACCAAAGACUCGAUACUCAAUGGCACGCAAAAGAGAAGAAGAGCGGAAGGCCUAGAACUGUGGACAUUGUUCCUGCCUUGAGUGGCAAAAAGAGUGGUGUUGUGUCAUUGAAUCAUUUAUUGAAUUUUACAUUUGUGCCUCGUGACACGUCAAGUGUGACACCAUAUCGCCCCAAACAAUCUAUGUCAAGGUCAGGGAUGACUUACAACAAGGAACAAUUUUUGCAAGCAAACUGUCAAUUCAUCGUUCAAGAGAAAGGAGACUACACCAUUCAUGCAGCUGAUCCCGAUCUUCUGGUAGAUUGGAGCUUAGUUGAGCAAGUGCGGUUAUUAUGUCGUGAGAUGCCUUCAUGUCCCAUUUGUCUCUAUCCUCCCACAGCUGCCAAGAUUACUCGUUGUGGUCAUGUCUAUUGCUGGGCUUGUUUGUUGCACUACUUGGCUCUGUCAGAGAAGAAUUGGAGAAAGUGUCCAAUAUGUUAUGAAGCAGUGCGUCAGGAGGAUUUGAAGAGCUGGCAUUAUGCUGUGUUCAGUGUUGUUGCGUUGUCAACCCAACCAUUUGCUGUUGGAGAUGUGAUAACGAUGAAGUUGAUGGAGAGACAAAGGGGGUCUGUUGUUACUGUGCCAAGAUCUCAAAAGGAUGAAAGGGAUUCUUGUCAACCACAGAAUGUGGAAGAUGGGUUGACUACACAGUUUGGUAAGCUGUUGACAAUAUCUCCCAAGCAGACAUUAGAGAAGAUUAUCUCGGAUGAAGAGCAGCAGCUGCAAUGCAAGCUAUCCAAUAUGAAAGCAAAGGAAGAUGAUAAUCCAUGCUUUGUUGAAGCCGCCUUACAACUGCUUGAAGAGAGAGAACUGGCACUACCAGCAAUUGGAGCAGAGCAGGAAGAAGUGGAACAUUCCUUUGAAGGUCUUAGUAACUAUGUGACUAUAUUGACAAGUACAACAACAGCUAGUGGAUUAGAAUCUUGGAAGGAGCAGGAACAAACAUCUCAGCAGAAAAGCCCUUGGUUUGGAGUGUGCAGCACUCAGUUUCAGCAGCAGAUGGAGAAUUAUGAAGCAGCUUUUUCUGGAAGUGAGGAGGAAGAGAACGACAAGCAAAGGUCUGGUGAUCCUUCUAGAAAAGAGGAGGCAGCUAAACUAGACAAUGAGUCAGACAAGGAAAGAGGAUUGGAAGUCGAUGAUGAUCUGGUAGCAAAAGCUAUUCCACCUGUGGCUGAAUCAUCUCCUCCAAACCCUACGUAUUAUUUUUACCAGUCAUCUGAUGGCCAACACCUGUACCUUCAUCCCAUCAAUGCCAAAUGCUUGAUGGCUGAUUACGGCACCAGGAGGGAUUGUCCUGAUGUCAUAACAGGCCGGAUUGUUGAAAUGGAGCAGAUGACACAGUCAGAGCUGGUGCGGAAAAGAUAUCGUUUCUUAAGUCAUUUGCCACUUUCUUGUCAGUUUGUGUUGUGCGAGUUGGAACUGCAGUCACCAAGAGUGUCAAGAGCAUCCUUAGAAGAGUAUGCCAGUGAACUGCUCAAACGAAAGCAAGCGAGAAGAAAAAAGACUAGAGAUGAGCAAAACAGGGACAGGCAUCAAGAGAUCAGAAAGAAAACACAACCAGUUGUCAGUGACGUAUGUGAAAUUAUGUCACAGCGACAGCAGAUUUCUGAAAGCUCUCGUAGAGGUCUUGAUCCAACUGCCACAGAGUUUGUAUCAGGAGCUGAUAGUCACAAGUCGACUUCAGGUGAAUCACAAUUGGAUUUGGAUUCAGAUGAACUUUCUCCUCCAUCGUUUGCACAGGCAUUAAGUGGUGGAAUAGAUAAAUUUUCUCCUCCAAACUGGCCAAUGAGACGACAGUCCACACAAUCUGUGGUGUUGCCCAAAGAGUCUAGCCUUGAUCAAAAUGAUAGUGACGGAGAAGCAAGUUGCAUUCCUACAUUUCAGGAUUCAUUUUUUGAAGCUCUUUCAUCUUCUGAUGUUUCUGUCUCCAAAUCUCAUGUCAGCCAUAAAUCUGAUGCAGAGACUCAGAAGUCAUCAAAGAAAGGCAGAACAAAGCAGCUUCUUUUCACAACUGGUGGACAGCGUAGGUAUUAAAUGAAAGCAGUUGAUGCCCAGACUUAAAUGCGUUUAUUUGGUUGGGAUAUUUGAUGUCAUGACAUGUAGUUGCAUGUGUAUCUAUGGGAAUGAUAAUAGUACUGCUUUAGUAAUGAGUGUACAGAAAAGAGCAUCUUGUAAAAAUCCUAAA